GCGAAGAUUUCGAAAGAAGCUCGAAAAAAAAAUUUAGAUGUGUGAAAUAUCUUUAUAGCUUAUAUAGUAAUGAUAAGUUCAGUAUGACUACCGAUAAUAAGCAGGAGUCCUUAAGACUUAAGGAUGAGGGGAAUGCGUUUUUAAUGAAGCACAAAUAUGAAGAAGCCAUAGAAUGUUAUACUCGAGCCAUUGAAGCUGAUCCUACUAAUGCUAUCUUUUAUUCAAAUAGAGCUCAAGCUCACAUUAAAUUAGAGAAUUAUGGAUCGGCAAUUCUUGAUUGUGAUGAAGCAUUAUUAGUGGAUGUAAAUUUGAUGAAGGCAUAUUAUCGAAAAGGUGUAUCAUUAAUGGCUAUCUUAAGAUAUAAAGAAGCACAAGCUAACUUCAAAAUUAUUUUAGCUAAAUUACCUAAUGAUAAAUUAACUUUAGAAAAUUAUAAGCAAUGUACAAGUUAUUUGAAAAAGCAAGCAUUUGAAAGAGCUAUAGCUGGAGAUGAGAAAACUACGGUAAUAAAUAGUAUUUCUUAUGAUUCUAUGCAAUCUGAAAAAUCAUGGACAGGACCUGAAUUAAUUAUUCAUGCUACUAAACAAUCUAAAGAUUCAGAUGUUCAUGUAGAAAUUGAUGGAUUAAAUAUUGAUUAUUUAAAAUAUAUGAUUCAAGCUUUUAAAAAUGGAGAUAAAUUACCUAAAAAGCAUGUUUUUGCUAUAAUUGCAAAAGUAUACGAAUUAUUUAAAAAUGAAAAUACUAUGGUAGAAAUAUCUUUACCUCAUUCUAAAAUUCCUCCAUCAAAAUCUUCAGAUGAAAUCUUAUUGGAAAAUGGUAAAACUCUUACUAUUGUAGGUGAUACUCAUGGUCAAUUCUACGAUGUAUUGAAUUUAUUUGAAAAAUUUGGUUAUGUUUCAGAUGAUCAUAUUUAUCUUUUUAAUGGAGAUUUUGUUGAUAGGGGUUCAUGGUCAUGUGAAGUGGCAUUAUAUUUAUAUGUAUUAAAGAUUAUUUUCCCUAAAUCUGUUUAUAUAAAUAGAGGUAAUCAUGAAACAAUCGAUAUGAACAAGACUUAUGGAUUUGCUGAUGAAUGUGAACAUAAAUAUUCUAAAAAAGUAUUUGAUGUAUUUACUGAAUCAUUUGCUGCAUUACCAUUAUCUACAUUAAUUAAUCAAUCAUAUUUAUGUAUGCAUGGAGGAUUAUUCUCAGAUGAUAAAAUCACUUUACAAGACAUUAAACAAUAUAAUAGAUUCCCAAUUUCAGGAGCUACUCAACCACCUAAGGAAGGUAUUGCUAUGGAAUUAUUAUGGACAGAUCCUCAAACUCAUAACGGUCGUGGACCAUCAAAGAGAGGUAUAGGUAUGCAAUUUGGACCUGAUAUUACAGAAAGAUUCUGUUUAACUAAUAAAAUUAGAAAAGUGAUAAGGUCUCAUGAAGUUAGAAUGGGAGGUUAUGAAAUUGAACAUAAUGGAAGAUUAAUUACUGUAUUCAGUGCUCCAAAUUAUGUUGAUCAAAGUGGUAAUUUAGGAGCAGUAAUUCAUAUUACUGAAAAUAAUGAUUACGAUAAUGAAAAAGAUAAUGGGGAUGGUCACAGAAAUGUAGAUGAUCCAAAUUGUCCAUGGUCACUUAAAUAUGAAACAUUCGAAGCUGUUCCACAUCCUGAUCUUAAACCAAUGGCAUAUGCUAGAGGUGGAUUCGGUUUCUAAAUAGUUGUACUAUAUAUUUAU